GGUGAUAGCUGUGUGAGAAGAGUGUUCGGAACAUCUCUGAAAGAGCAUCUGCGGAUAACAGGGAAAAGAAUAGCCUAUCCUUUAGAAAUAUGCAUAACUGCGCUGACUGAAUAUGGUAUGAAAGAAGAAGGUCUGUUUCGCAUAGCGGGGAGCACUUCGAAGGUAAAACGAUUGAAAGCCUCUAUAGACUCCGGAUGCCUCUCGGAUCUGAUCCCCGAGUAUAGGGACGUGCACACCCUAGCCAGCUUGCUAAAAUUGUAUCUCAGAGAACUGCCGGAGCCUCUGCUGACGUUCCACCUACACAAAGACUGGAUAGAAGCGGCCCAGAUGCCGGAGAAUCGUCGCUUGCAAGUUGUCAAAGAACUGAUCGCUAGGUUACCUCAGGAGAACCAAGACAACCUGUCCUGCCUUUUCCAAUUUCUCUCAAAGCUGACGAAACACCCUGAGAACAAAAUGACUGCCUCCAAUAUCGCUAUCGUUUUGUCGCCGAAUUUGCUGUGGAACAAGCACGAAGACCUCAACACGAACAUUGGGAAUUGCGUCACUAUUAAUGUGUUGGUCGAGCUCCUAGUGAAAGAGAGCGACGUACUCUUUCCGGACGAUACCAGCAAAUUGAUCACUCUAGAGAUGUUGAGGGACGACGAAGCAGCCGGGGGCGGCUUCAAAGCCAGCACCUCGAGUUUGGACGUCAGCGCGGAAAGCCCCCGGCCUAACCAGAGGAAGAAGAAGUCGGCCCCGGUGCCCCCGAUGAUGAGCCGACUCCCCUCGCAAGGCGUUUCCUCCAGCAAAACUUCUAGUUCUCCAGUUAGCAAGCCGCCUAGCGCCAAGUUGCCGCAAGUGUCUUCCAGUACGCCCGUCAGUUCUCCGACCGGCAAGGUUAGGAACCCGACCGGGACCAUCGGGAGGGGGAGCGACACCUCUAAGAAAGUCACCAGCACAAAGGACGGAGUGGGUCAGACGAUUGUGAAAGCUUCAACCGUUGUCAGUAACAGAUUGGAUAGAGCAACGAUGACCGAAGCCGCUAGUAGCACCGUCAAACCACCGCAGCAGCCAGAGCAAGUCCAAACCAAACCUUUCGAAGCGAGGUACACUAGUAGCGUAGUAUAUGAAGUAACCCACCCGAGUGCCCCCCCGCCUGUGAUAGCCGAAAAGCCUCAAAUCGAGCCCCACGAAGAACCCCAGAUCAGAAGGAAGGACCCGUCUACGAAACCCGAAGUACCAGCUAGGCCGUCUUCCUUAACAGUCAGACCGACGAUAGACGUAGACUCCGCUCUUCGUAAAACCCAGUGCUCGAUGUAUAACAUCGCCAAUAAGCAGCAGCCGAACAUCAUCACCAUCCAGAGCAAGCAGGAGUACCAACUCGGCCACGAUAACAACAUCGCCGACAAGGAGAAGUUCCUCGGACACAGACCCGAUCCCGAAAACAAUUUAGCCAGUGCCAACAGUUCGACGGAACCCAGAAGCAGAGCUCUCUCCGACGACCUGACCGUCUCGGAAGGCAGGAAUACGGUGAGGGAGUCGAUCGAAAAUUUGAACAGGAAUACUAGUGAGACAGAGAAUUGUGAUAUCACCAACGGUAAUCAAAAUACCAAAACUAGUCAUGCGCGGACCAAGUCCGACGGGAGUGUGGUCGACUUGAAGCGUGGGAAGGGAGGUACGCACUAUUCGUCGCGGAACUUGACCAAACCCCCGCAUCCUCCUCCCCCUCCGCCAUCCGUACCCCCCUCGCCUGCCCGGUGAGGCUGUUUUUAUUUUUAGGAUAGACGAUGCUUCAAUGCAGUAGCUGCUGAUGAUUUAAUGUUGUAGACUAGGCAGUGUGGACGGAAAUCAAGAGAUUGGAUGAUUAUAAAGGUUUUCCAAUUUCAUUGAGAAUUAAUGUAUGAACUGAAAGGAAACCGUAAAAUAUUGCAUCAAGAUUUAGUUUCCGCUGCACAAAUAUAUGCAGUAACUUGGAUAUUGCUGUAAAUUUGACAGAAUGGAAAUUUUACACUCUGGGAUUUCCCUGUUUUCAAACAGUUUCGUGUUUAUUAUUAGUUUUCUUUUUAAUUUCAAACUUUUUCGUUGAAACAUGUUUUAUAUUCCAGUAGGCAGUAUAAUGGCUUCUAAAUUUCUCGAUAUCUAUAAUAUUUCAAAUAUACUUUUCAUAUUGAAACAUACAAUAGCGCCACAGAGUAUUUUUCAAUAAUCGACUGUUCAAACUAUCGAUUAGCAAUAUUUGACAGUUGAAACUGUAGAUUAUCCAUAAAUCUGCAGUUGACACUGUCAACUAUCGAUAAUAGACAGUUGAAAUCGUGUUAUAUAUUUACAUAGUGUCAAACAACCUCUGAAUUUCUCAAAAUUUGUAAUAUUUUAAAUUAUCUAUCUUAUAUUGAAACCUACAAAGGCGCUGUAGUCGUGAAAUGAAACUGUUGAUCAGCCAUAAUUGACAGUUGAAACUGGAUUAUUUAUAAUUGACAGUUGAAACUGUUGAUUAUCUGUCAUUUUUUGGCGAAGCGUGAUGAAUAUUUCACUACUACUUAUAAGUGGUCAACAUAUGAAUCUGCGGUUCACCAAUAAUUGACAUUUGAAACUGCUGAAUACCUCUAAUUAACAGUUCAAACUGUUCAUUGACUGUAAUGGCUCUAUCGACAGUUUAAACUGUAGAAUAUUCAGUCAUAAUCGACAUUUUGAACUGUCGACCUCCUCAGUAAAAACCUGCUUCUAACUGGAUAGAAUUUAUAUUUCAACACAUUCAUCUACAAUUUGAUGCAAUUCUUCAAACUUAUGAAACAACAUUUUUCAGUUUUUAACUUACUACAAUUUGUUUUUGCAAAUUUCAACUAGUCUCUGUAUAUAUAAUAUUGUAGGGUGUUUUAUAAAGAACUUCAAAUUUCUCAAAUGUAGUAAGGGAAAUAUUUCUUUUUAUUUGAAACUUUUGUUUAAAGGCAGUUGAUUCAUCUCAUUUAAUCAAUCAGAGGUCGUAUUGAUUCUUUAAAACAGUUUUGUGCAGGAACCAGUUUUUUUUUUAGGUUUUUUUCUUGGUUUAAAACGAAUUCUAUGAACUGAAACAAAUAUGGAGAACAAUACCUAUUGAACAUUCGGGUAAUUAAAAACCGAUCUUAACAAAAAUUGACGGAAAAUUGAGCAACAGCGUAAAAGCACAAUAGUCUUGACAAUGAUGGUCAACUUAUGAGAUUGUAGACAAUUUCUUUGGUCAAUUAAAAUCCACAAUCAAGUGCAGACACUGUGGAAAUUCCAUCCAGUUUUUUCUGGAUGCAGUUCGUGUUGCAAGGAAAGGAGAGAAUACAAAAAGUUCAUAUCUAUAUGUAAGUUUCCCCCAAUUUCAGUAAUUCUCUUGAAAAGAUUAUCUCCUAAGGAAAGAAUUAGAAGCAACUUUACUCUAGAAGGAUUAGAUAUGAACAUUUAUGAAGCAGUGUGGCUCCUUGUUGUUAUAAUCUAUAUGUACUUUCGAAUCACAAUGGGUCUACUUACAGCAGACAUUACACGACAUACUGCAGGCAUCCAUACACAAAAAAGUUUAUAUUAAGGUUAAUUGUUCAUAGUGAACUCAGACAUAAGAAAAUAUUGAAUAUUCCAAGGGUUACAUUUAUAAUUUAACAAUCAAGUUGCAAUUAUAGGAUUUCGCCAGCGAGUUAAUUUUCUAGUUUUGACGCAACGA